AUGUCGGAACAACACCACCAAAACUACUUUAGCCUUAGUGAUCUCCUCAAAGAUCCACCGCCACCGUGUUCUGACAAAAUACGUAGAAGAUUCAAUCCGGCCCUCUGGGAUAACGUCACGAGGGAAAAUGAAUUGUUGCCACCGGACGGCGAGCGUGCGGCAGCGGUGACAACGAGGACGAAACCUUGCAGAAGAAGCCAAAAGGUUGAAGUGGAGGAAGCGAAGAAUGCCAAUUUAUGGAUGACGGGAAGAAUGAGAAAGAACGUGAUGUAA